AUGGGGUCGGUGCCGGCCAAGAAGCCUCGCACGGGGGGCUCGCCUCCAAGGAGAAUUGAAAUGCUAAGCGAUGCCAUGUUUCCCCUGAGCUCCAUGCAAGUGAAUCGCGAAGAUGCGGUCUCCCCUCUCUUUUUUUCUCAUGCCCCUGCACGCCAUUUCCCUCGUCCUCAUAGCGUUCCUGUCUCAGACGCAGCUUCGGCUAUUAUGGCACAAGCUCGCGAGGAAACUGCAGGGACGGUCACGACGCUGAAACUCCCCAGAGCUAGUGUUCGCUCCACAAAUGCGGCUCUCUCCGGCAGCACGCCGUCGUCCAUGGAUAUGUCUGUACCGUCUCUGAGCCCGGAUAUGCGCAGCCUGCCCCCCAGCCUGCAGAUGCUUCAAGGUGUCGGCGUGCUAGAGCUUCUUGAGCAUGACGAUAGACCGACCUUCCUGGUUGAUCUGGCCAACCCAGCAAACGCUAAUCGCCCUGGCUUGCCGAUCGUUUACUAUAAUGGAUCUUUGCGGGCAGCCGAGUCGAUCCACAGCCUUUUGAACCCCGACCUAGAAGACAUCGCGUCUCCCGAUCUCCCAGAGGAUUUCAAUGAGUUCAAAUCUUGGGUUAUGGCUAGUGGGACUGAUGCCUUGGACGUGCCUUCAUCAACUUACGAGUACGGCGGGAUUACAUGGAUUUGCACAACUUUAAGACGUCGAUUUCGAUUCAUCAGCGGAAGUACUGCAUAUCACAUAACACACCCAGCAUCGCCAAUGGUGGAAGAAGCAGAGGAAGAAGAAACUGCCAUGCUUGGGCCAGAUGUCAGUGGCCAUCCUUUGUCGACGCCGGUUACCCCCGCUGUUGAUAUCCUGGAGCCGCCUGACUACUUUGGUAGCGUCACCGUGAAGCCUACGAUUGAGUCUGUGGAUACAACCGACACAACUCCCGCAACCGGCACCAUAGAACCCAUCUUUGAUACGAACCGACGCCAUCCGGACGAUUUCACCAACCAGGUACUGCAAUCGCAGCCAGUAAGAUCGACUUUUGACUGGACCAAGAUUCCAUACAACGACAAUCUGCCUGAGCAUAUCAAAUUGGCCAAGUCUAUUGACUGGGCCUCUACACCUCUUGGCCCCAUGAGUGAAUGGAGCUAUAACUUGAGAGGCAUGACAAAUUUAAUCAUGGCAAGCCCAAAUCCAACUGCCAUGUAUUGGGGCCGUGAGUUUGUCAGUCUCUAUAACGCCGCAUACGUGGCCUUGGCCGGCAGCAAACACCCAGACCUCAUGGGCCAACGAUAUGCAGUUGGCUGGGCCGAGAUCAAGGAAGAAUUCCUGCCCAUAUUUAAAUCGGCUUGGGAGUCUGGCCAAGCAAUAAUGAAGCAUGAUAACCAAAUCUUCAUCAACAGGCAUGGGUUUUUGGAAGAAACCUUCUUCUCAUGGUCCAUUAUUCCAAUCCUUGGUGAAGAAGGCGAGGUGGUCGGCCUAUACAACCCCUGUUUUGAAAACACUCGACGAAGAAUCAACGAGCGCCGAAUGCUUACCUUGAGAGAGAUAGGAGAGCGGACGGCUUCAGCGGCUUCCAUCAACGAAUUUUGGCCGCAGUUGAGGAAGGGCUUGAUGUUUAAUGAAUAUGACAUUCCGUUUAGUAUGGUCUACUCUGUCAAGGACGACACCGAAAGCGAAGUGUCAUCACUGCAUUCCGGUAGCUUUGUCCACUCGCCCCAGCUUAUUCUCGAGGGAUCUCGUGGUGUCCCAGAAGGUCAUGUGGCGGCCCCUCAAACCAUAGAUCUACGUACAUCGGACGAAGGCUUUGCGCCGUAUCUGCGACAAUCCUUGGCAAGAGGUGGAGUCCCUGUUGUGUUAUCCGAAGAAGAUGAUACCCUGCCAAAGCGCCUCAUAGAAGGAUUUGAGUGGGGAGGGUUCGGGGAUCCGUGCAGAACCAUUGUCGCCUUUCCGGUCAUUCCUACAAACACUGGCGAAGCUGUAACGGGCUUUGUUGUGCUUGGCGUAAACCCACGGCGGCCGUAUGAUGAUGAUUACAAGUUAUUCAUCUACCUACUAUCACGCCAGUUGGCAACUUCCAUGGCCUCGGUUCUGCUCUUUGAAGAAGAGAUUCGGCGUGGCCAGCGAGCAGCGCAACUAGCUCUGAUGGAUCGCCAAGAGCUCUCAGAAAAGCUCGAGCAACGUACACAAGAAGCCAGCGAGUUGGAAUCUAAAUUCACGCGCAUGGCGGAGGCUGCCCCGGUUGGAAUGUUUAUUGCCGACAACCUUGGCCAUAUAAACUACUGCAACGACAUGUGGUGGCAGAUCUCUCGCAACGCUCGAUCCGAGCAAAUAGGUACUGUCUGGAUGGACAGCGUACGAGUUGAAGAUAGGCCUAAGCUCGAAGAAGCUUGGACUCGCCUUCUGGAGCAAAAAGUGACCAUCUCAUUGGAGUUUCGGUUUAAUUGUAGCCAACUCUGCGGAGAUCACACUGUCGACACCUGGGUCCUGAUGAGCGCCUUUCCAGAAAAGGGCCCCGACGGUAGUUUGGCGUCUAUCUUUGGCUGCAUCACAGAUAUAUCUUCCCAGAAGUGGGCUGAAAGGGUCCAGAGUGAGAGGCGCGAAGAAGCCGUGGAGCUCAAGCGCCAGCAAGAAAAUUUCAUUGACAUUACGAGCCACGAGAUGAGGAACCCCUUGUCGGCGAUCCUUCAGUGUGUAGAUCAAAUCUCCAAUAGUAUUGCCUCGUUUAUGGCCCAGUCAGACAGAACGGAAGUAGACUCCCUUUUGGAAUCCUGUCUUGAUGCUUCCAAUACCAUCAACCUCUGCGCCAGCCACCAAAAGCGUAUUGUCGACGAUAUUUUAACACUGUCGAAGCUCGAUUCAAACCUACUAGCUGUCACUCCUGUUGAUGAGCAGCCAAUAAAGGUUGUCCAUCGCACGCUAAAAAUGUUUGAGUCGGAGCUGCUUGCCCACGACAUAGAUUUCGAAUUCCGCGUCGACAAUAGCUUCGAGACAUAUGGAGUCAACUGGGCCAAGCUAGAUCCGUCACGGCUGAGACAAGUGUUGAUCAAUCUCAUGACCAACGCUAUCAAAUUCACCCAGGGCCGUGAGAAGCGUGCCAUUAUCGUGAGUAUGUGCGCAACGAAAGAUAUCUCGGAGAUCACAAGCCAGGGGACGUUUUACUUUGAACGAAACGAUGUACAGCGGACAGUGGGUAUGAACAUUGACAACGAAGAGGAGUGGGGCUCUGGUGAACGAUUCAAUAUCCACUGCUCAGUGGAGGACACCGGUGCCGGCCUUGGUGAUGAAGAGAUGAAGGUCCUCUUUCAACGCUUCCAACAAGCCACUCCUCGGACGCAUGUGCAGUAUGGUGGCUCUGGGCUAGGACUAUUCAUCUCCAGGAUUUUGACUGAAAUGCAAGGUGGCCAGAUUGGAGUCUCUUCGCAGAAGGAUGCUGGGAGCAAAUUCAGCUUUUACAUCCAAAGCCGUAAAUGCAUGAAUCCCCCGUCUCAAUAUGAACACAUCACGCCAUUCAAGCUCGAACGAAGGAUUCAGUCGCCUGCCACAAGCAGCCAACCCGCGGGCGGUUCUGCGUCGCGAAACCAGUCGGAUGCGGGCCGCAGCCCCCUUUUCGAUGUUCUCAUUGUUGAAGAUAAUAUUGUCAAUCAGAAGGUGCUGCAGCGACAGCUGCGUAACUGCGGUAAUAACACAUUCGUGGCCAACCACGGUAAAGAGGCACUCCAGACCCUGCAGAAAUCAAGGUUUUGGGCGGGCCAAGAGGCCGAAGGUGUUGAUAUAUCGGUCAUCCUUAUGGACUUGGAAAUGCCUGUAAUGGACGGCAUGACUUGCGCAAGAAGGAUACGCGAACUCGAAAAGGAAGGGACAAUUAUCAAGCACAUCCCCAUCAUUGCGGUUACGGCUUACGCACGGCCCGAACAAAUUGAGAAUGCAAAGGCUGCAGGAAUUGACGAUGUCAUCUCCAAGCCAUUCCGCAUCCCCGAGCUACUUCCCAAAAUCGAGGAGCUGGUGGGCAAGUAUCAGAGUCUUUCUGUGUCGAGCGACGCAUGA